AUAAAAACGGCUCCCAAAUGAACGGCUCGCAACUGCGAUCGGUUCUCAUCGUUCACUUGAGAGAGCCGUUCAAAGGACUGACUCGUUCACGAACGUCACAUCUCUAGGACCAACUUAAAAUAAGAGUACUUCGUGGACGGUCAGACGGGAACAGCGCCCCACAGCAGCCACACAGCCUACUCCGCUCACUCGUCGUCAGCCAUGUUGUUGGUGUGACACUGAGUUAUCAGCAACAGGUUUACUGAAGAAUACGACUCCUCAACCUUCAGGGAAAAAUUUCUCCAACAAAUACUGCUUUCUGUGGAUACUUAACCUCUCCAGUGUGUCGGGGAAACCGUCUCGAAGUGGUGGAUGUUAACUCCGGGCCGCCCAGGAGCUCAGAAGUUUGAUGUUUUUGUGGCCGAGGUGAGAGAGGCGAAACUGCUUAUCUAAGCAUGAGCAUGGCCACGAGCAGUAGCUGAGGACGCUGCCGGGAGUCCCCCCUCUGUCUGUCUCUGCCACCUGCAAAUAUGAAUGGUGGCCCAAGCACGUGGGCGAUCUCCCCUGAGGAGAGGGACAAGCAUGAUCAGAAAUUUGACACCCUAUCCCCUUCAAUGGGAUAUGUCACAGGGGAGCAGGCGAGGAAGUUCUUCCUCCAAUCAGGGCUGCCUGCUUCAGUUUUGGCUGAGAUAUGGGCGCUGGCUGACAUGAAUAAGGAUGGGAAGAUGGACAGGUUGGAGUUCUCCAUUGCUAUGAAGCUUAUAAAGCUAAAACUCCAGGGUAUAUCACUUCCCUUAGCGCUUCCAAUCAUCAUGAAGCAGCCUCCAGUGCCCACCCCCACCCUCAAUAACCCCACCUCAGCCUAUGGUAUGGGUGGCAUUCACAUGAUGCCAGGGUCAAACCUCACCAUGUUGGCCCCUCUCUCAAUGUCAACCCCUGGACUCUCACCUUUGACCCAAAUGACAGGCCUCACCCCUUUGGUUCCUACAUCAGGCUUCAGCCCUCUAAUAGGCUCCACCUCCAGCAGGCCCAUGAUGCCCAUGAUGGGAAGCGCCACCCUGCCAAAUGGCACCAUGGGACUUUACAAUCCAAUGCCAGCUGGAGCUUUGGCCACUGGCCUGCCUUACCCUGCAUCCUCCUACACAUCUCCGCUGGCCCUCUCCUCUACUGCUCCUACAGGUUUGAACAGGGCUUCGUCUCUGUUGGACCUGGGAUCUAGCAGCUCCGCUUCCUCAUCCCCCUCUAUGAUGUCCCCCAUGGCUGCCGGGCCUAGCGACUGGGCUGUGCCACACGCUUCCAGACUCAAAUACAGACAGCAGUUCAACGGCCUGGAUAAACAGAUGGUUGGAUACCUCACUGGUCUGCAGGUGAGAGGUGCCAUGGCAACCACGAUGCUGACUCAGACACAGCUGGCCUCCAUCUGGAAUUUGGCUGAUGUGGAUAAAGAUGGCAAGCUUAAAGCGGAGGAGUUUAUUCUGGCAAUGCAUCUGGUGGACAUUGCAAGGACUGGACAACCUCUGCCGCUUACUCUGCCAACUGAGCUGAUUCCACCCUCAGAGAGGGCUGCAGUGAAUGGAUCCAGCUCUUCUCCUUAUGCUUCUCUGAAGGAUGACCUGGACAUCGAGCCCCCACAGAAAAACAAACCCAAUUAUUCUUUCGAGGACAAAUUCAAAGCUAACCUGGAGCGAGGAAAUGCAGAAUUGGAGAAGAGACGUCAGACUUUGCUAGAGGCGGAGAGGAGGGAGCAGGAGCGGCGUGCCCAGAAGGAGAGGGAAGAGCGAGAGAAGAGAGAGAAAGAGGCUCGGGAAGCCGAAGAGAGGAGGAGAAAAGAGGAGGAGAGGAGACUGGAGAGACAGAGGGAGCUGGAGAGGCAGAGAGAAGAAGAGCGACAGAGAGAGAUCGAGAGGAAAGAGGCUGCUCAGCGAGAGCUGGAGCGACAGAGGAAAGAGGAGUGGGAGAGAAGGCGGCGGGGUGAGCUCCAGAUAAAGAGGGAGCAGGAGCAAGAUGAUAUCACCAGACUGAAAGCGAAGAAAAGAAGUCUGGAGAUGGAGCUGGAGGCUGUGGGUAACAAGCACCGUCAGAUCUCAGACCGGCUGCGGGACUUUCAGAACAAGAAGAAGCUUCACAAGACGGAGCUCGAUCUGACCAAUCAAAGGAUAGAGACGCGCCAGCAGGACAUUAACAACCUGCAGAAACAGCUGGAGGAGUUCCAGAGGAAGUUGUCUCAGCUGACUCCAGAGCAGAAGAGACUGACGGAGAAACUAAGAAACAUGGCUGUGAAUAACACAUCUGGUUAUGUCGAGCACGUCCGCACUGAAGGUGGGUGUUACAGAGAAAAAGGGACCUGUACGAAACUGAGACAGCAGCUGGAAACUCUGGAGAGAGAAACUGCAACCAAACUGACUGAGAUGGACCAGUAUAACAAAGACAUGCAGGAACUUAGAGAGAGCCAGAGAAAGCAGCAGGCAGAACUGGAGAAACUACAGAGCAUCAAAGAGGAAAAACGACGUGAGCUGAUUCGGAGGAAGGAGCAGGAAGAGGAAAAGAGAAGGAAGGAAGAUGAGAGGAAACGGCAGGAGGAGGAAAGGAGAAGGAGAGAAGAGGAGGAAGCUCAAAGGCGUAUUAAGAUGGAAAAAGACCGCCAGUGGCAAGAGAAACUGAGAAAGGAUGAAGAGGAGCGUCAGAGGAAGCUUCAGGAGGAGAGGGAGGCCAAACAAAGGGAGGAGGAAGAGAGAGAGAAACAGGCUCUCAUCCAGGCUGCCAAGGAGCAGGCCGAACGAGAGCUCAGAGCAAAGGAGGAGGCAGAGCGGAAAAGACGGGAGGCGGAGGAGAGGAAGAAAAGAGAGGAGGAGGAGCGGCAGAGGCAAGCAGAGAGAAGGAGGCAGGAGGAGGAGAGGAGGAAGCUAGAGGAGGAGAGGAGGCAGCUAGAGGAAGAGAGGAAGAAACUGGAAGACGAGAGGAAAAAAGAGGAAAAGAGGCGGAAAGAAGAGGAGGACCGACGCAAGAGGGAUGAGGAGAGGAAGAGGGUAGAGGAGGAGCAGAGAGAGGAGGAACGGAAAAGAGAGAGGGAAGAGGAGGACAGGAGGAGAGUGAGGGCGUCUGAGGCUGCCAUCCGAGACAGGGAGGACAGAAGGAGGCAAGAAGAGGAGGAGGAGAGGAGAAAGAGAGAUGAUGAAAGGAGGAGGCAGCAGCAGCAGCAGCAGCAGGAGGAGGAGAGAAGAAAGCGUGAGGAGGAAAGGAAGAGGGAGGAAGAGGAGGGGAAGAGAAAAGCAGAGGACGAGAGAAAGAAGAGGGAGGAGGCACCUCGUCAGCAGCAGCAGCCGGGCGUUAGAGGGAAGGUAGACAUCCAGGAGAAACUGACAGCUCUGCUGAGAGGGCUGGAGGAGAGGAAAGGAGGACAACCCAGAGCAUUGCAACACAGGAAGUCAGCUGCUCUCACCUCCUACAAAGCGAUCUACCCGUUCACAGCACGAAACAACGAAGAGCUUACGUUCAAUGCUGACGAUGUUAUUGAGGUUGAUGAGACGACCGAGCGGGAGGAGGGCUGGCUGUAUGGUAGCAGACAGGGGAAGAUGGGCUGGUUCCCAGAGAGCUACGUUGAAAGAGUGGCUCCAUCAGGCACUGCUAAUGCAACUGCUGCUGCUUCUUCAGUUUCUGCUUCUGCUGCUGCUGCUCCCCCGAAAACGCCACUGCAGUCACAGCUUUCUAAUGCUCUCGAGGCUGCCAAGGUGGCAGGAACAAAGUCUGCUUUCACACCAACGCACUCUCCAAACCCUGCACCCUCUGAGACACAAGGACAGCAGGUGGUGGGUAACGUGUUAGCCCAAGCUCUGUGUUCAUGGACCGCAAAGACGGACAACCAUCUGAACUUCAACAAGGAUGAUGUCAUUCAGGUGUUGGAGCAGCAGGAGAACUGGUGGCUGGGAGAGCUUAAAGGUGAACAGGGCUGGUUCCCCAAAACAUAUGUGACACUGCUGGGAGAAGAAGACAGCUCAGACAUGAAGAGCUCCCCUCCUGAUGCUUCGGAGUCUGGAGACAGUCUGCAGCUUGAAGAACAUGUGGCGCUGUACACCUAUGAGUCUCCAGAGCCAGGUGAUCUGACGUUCAGAGAGGGAGAUGCGAUCCUGGUGAGCAAGAGAGAAGGAGAGUGGUGGCACGGUGCGAUAGGUGACCGCACAGGUCUCUUCCCAAGCAACUACGUCAAACCUAAAGAAACAGAUACAUCAAGCUUGUCUGCAAAGAAGAAACCAGAGAUCGCCCAGGUGCUUCGGGCCCACUCCUCUUCCACCCCUGAACAGCUGAAUCUGGAAAAUGGCCAGCUCAUCCUCAUCCUCAGCAAGAAUGCUUCCGGCUGGUGGCUGGGAGAACUGCAGGCUCGUGGCAAAAAGCGUCAGAAGGGCUGGUUCCCUGCUUCUAAUGUCAAAGUGUUAGGAUCCAACAGCGGCAAAUCCACACCAGCACCCCAAGCAGUCUGUCAGGUGAUAGCCAUCUACGACUACGUGGCCGCCAACGGGGACGAGAUGAGCUUCUCCAAAGGUCAGCUGAUCAACGUCUUUGACAAGAACAACCCUGAUUGGUGGAAAGGAGAGAUCAAUGGGACCACUGGUCUCUUCCCCACAAACUACGUAAAGGUGACCACAGCGGAAUGUGACCCCAGCCAGCAAUGGUGUGCAGACCUGAACAGCCUGGACACUUUGAGCCCGCAGGAGAAGAAGAGGCAGGGUUACAUCCACGAGCUGUUACAGACAGAGGACAGAUAUGUGGAAGACUUGCAGAUAGUGCUGGAUGUUUUCCAUAAGCCCAUGUCCGAGUCUGGCCGGGUGAAGGAUGCAGAGAUGACCAUGAUCUUUGUCAACUGGAAAGACCUGCUGGCCUGUAACACUAAACUCGCAAAGGCGCUGUGUGCGCGUAAGAAGACGGGUGGGGACAACAUGCCGGUGCAGAUGGUGGGAGACAUCCUGGCCGCAGAGCUGUCCCACAUGCAGCCCUACAUCCGCUUCUGCUCCUGUCAGAUCAACGGAGCCACACUGCUGCAGACUCGCAUUGACAAUGAGCCGGACUUCAAGAACUUCCUCAAGAAAAUUGCAACAGACUAUAGGUGUAAAGGCAUGCCGCUGUCCAGCUUCCUGCUGAAGCCCAUGCAGAGAAUCACACGCUACCCGCUGCACAUCAAAAAUAUCCUGGAGUGCACGGCAGAGGGCCAUCCUGACAGAGGUCCUCUGAAAGAGGCUCUAGAGAGGGCAGAAGAACUUUGUCAACAGGUGAACGAGGGCGUGAGAGAAAAGGAGAACUCUGACAGACUGGAAUGGAUUCAGAGCCACGUACAGUGUGAUGGAACUGCAGAGAAUAUGGUUUUUAACUCUCUCACCAACUGUCUGGGUCCAAGGAAGCUUCUCCACAGCGGGAAAAUGUUCAAGGUUAAGAGCAACAAGGAACUGUGGGCGUUCCUCUUCAACGAUUUCCUACUGUUGACUCAUGCAGCUAAACAGUUUACGUCAUCUGGGCCUGAUAAACUGUUCAGUAACAAAAACAACACACAGCUGAAGAUGUACAAGCCUCCUGUCCUGCUAAAUGAAGUCCUGGUAAAGCUUCCAGAUCCUUCCAGUGAUGAGCCCGUCUUCCACAUCUCGCACAUCGAUAGAGUCUAUAUACUCAGGACAGAUAACAUCAACGAACGGACAGCGUGGGUUCAGAAGAUCAAGGCAGCGUCUGAGGAGUUUUUUGAGACAGAAAAGAGGAAAAGGGAAAAAGCUUAUCAAGCUCGAUCUGUGAAGGCAAGUGGAAUUGGCCGACUCCUUGUCACCAUCUUGGAAGCCACUGAACUAAAGGCAGGGAAAGCCAAUGGGAAAAGUAACCCCUACUGCGAGGUGACCAUGGGAGCUCAGGUCUUCACGUCCAGGACGCUCAAUGACACCCUGAACCCCAAGUGGAACUUCAACUGUCAGUUCCACAUCAAAGACCUGUACCAGGACGUGCUCUGCAUCACCAUCUUUGAAAGAGACCAGUUUUCACCCGAUGUGUUUCUGGGUCGGACAGAGGUGCCUGUUGCAACCAUAAAAAAAGAGUUGGAGAACAAGGGACCUGUAACACGUCGUCUUCUGCUGCAUGAGGUUCCUACAGGGGAAGUGUGGGUCCGCCUAGACCUGCAGCUUUAUAGCAAAAAAUAGGAUGAAGAGAAAUAAUAACAAAGUCUUAAUAAGGCUACCAUCCUCCUGCAGAGAAACCAAAUAGAUAAGGCUGCUUUUUUUGUCACCUAAGCAAACUCAGAUGGUUCCUUCACACAUGCCUGAUACAGACUUAUGUAAACCCCUUGAACUGUUUGCCACACAAAGCCUUAAAAUGUUAAAUAUUAACCAGCACUAAUAAUACCUCCUCUGACAUCAUCUGAGUCUUCCAAUAGGGAUAAGGGCUUCAGUGACAUCAGUCAGAGCCUCCAAUAGUGGUCAGAUUCUUCUUGUUCUGGUUCAUGACCUGUUACAGAAAGAGAGAAGCACAGUGUGAACUGUACACUCUAAUGUACAGUGUGUGUGCAUGUGCACGUGGGGCUGAAUCUGGGUCCUCUGCUGUCACCAUUUCUGAACGUCAGGGACUGCCAAGAACCGGAUGAAGAUUACUUAAAGGCAUUAAUCAUCUGUCGCUCAAACUAAGCAAUAAAACUACAAAAAUAAAGGUUAUUUUCUACUCUGCUGUCCAGGCUCGCACAGAUCUGAACCCCAGGUGCAUAUAGUUGGUGAAGUUUUUGAGGAUUGAGACACAAUUUGCCAAGUCCGGUCAACCGUGGUCGUAAAAAAAAAAGCUUCCAUUAUUUUCUUAAGAGUUUUUAUGUUGGAGAUGUUUUAUUUUGAAAGGACAGGAGAUUGAGACGGAUAGCUUUCAGGAGGCGCUGCUCUCUGGCUGUCUGAUGACUAAGGUGUCAUCUCCCUAAAGAGACAUCAGCAUCAUCUGCGGUGAAAGCAGAUGACUUUAUCCGACAAGAAGUUUGUGUCUGUAGCUCUGGUCUGGAGUUAGUUUACUGUAGAUAGAAGAUCUUAGGACCUGUUGUUCUGGGGUCGCCUGUGUAACUGUUAAGAUGUUUGUUUUGUGUGUGUAUGUCUGAAGUGAGGAAAGGUUUGAAAAUUACCUUGAAGUUGGGGGAUAUGUCCUCAGCAAAGGGCUUUUUGAUGCUGCAACUUUUGAAGUUAACUCGUAACUUCAGGCUUUAAAAGAAGUCAUCUUUUAAAAUCAUUUAAAAAUAUAUAACUUUUCUUUGAGAUGAUUGUGGUUUUAGGAUAGAUAUAUAAGAUGUUCUCUUGCAUUCACACAACCAGCCAAGGCCAAGUAGGGCAAAGUAACACAGGGACACAGGUAUGAAAAGCUGCAUGAUGAACAUUUGAACUCUCUCCAGCUGACUCAGCUGUUUCUGCCUCUUUUUAAUAUAUAGGAUAUCAACAUUUUGUGGCAGCACAGUUCGGCAGUUUUUCACACAGUAUUUGCUCACUUCUGGUUUGAUUCUUUACACUCUCACUCUUGCCAGAGAGAUUUUCAGUAUCACUUUCCACUCCUCACCUCAUUGACAAAAAAAUUGCCCAUCUGUGUUGACUCAGAAAGUUGCCCUUUUCCAAACGUCUGCCAUGAACAUGUUACAAGGAUACAGUUGAAAAGCUUUUAUUUAUGUUGUGGGUUGAUAUUUUUGGUGUCUUCUGCUUUGUCUUAACUCUUUUGUCCUUUGUAUCCUAACUGAGCAGAUAAUAACAGAGAGGUAUUUAUUUCUUAAUUUAUGCGUGUGUGACGAUCCGGAGGUUUGGAGCGGCUCUGCUUGCUGUGUCAUCUUGGAUAAUCAGUUGGUAUCCACUGGGUUUGUUUUUGUGUGACGUCAAAUAUUAAAACAUGUUGAUACUGUCUUGAAAGGCAAUAAUGACUUCUUGAAUGAUUCUCUGUGGUCGAGUUUUACUGUAUGUACGUUAGGUCACUCGUCGGGUUAAAGGCCUGUUGUUUUGAGCUCGUAAUUAAUUUGUCUCUUCAAUCAACAAAAGUCUCUUUUUAAAUUCCUCUUUUAACUUUAAUGUUUCUUUUUGUAUGUGUGGAAAGUGCUAAUAGACUGGACUACCUUCCUUGUAUGCGUAGGGAUGUUAAAGUUUGUCUGUUGUUAUAUGUAACUUUUUAUUUUCUGCAGCCGCUGUGCACAUGACUGCUGCUGUGCUCAAUGAGUUUAUGGCCUCUUUAACCCAAAUUGUCUGAUCAGCCUGGAGUCUGUAACCUGCUGUUUGUACUCACUUUGGCCUCCACUUGGCACUCUCUGAAUCAGGGUUUCUAAAGUCAAAUUAAAGACAUUAAAAGUGAACAAAGUGUU